AUGACUGCUCGCCACUAUGCCUCCGAGAAGGUCUUUACCUCAGAAAAGAGCAUGCGACGCCUGCUAUCGACGAAAGGCACUGAUGUACAGAACUUGCUCCAACGCAUUCAGCAGCUGGAGGGUGUCCUGUCGCGAGUUGAGCCCACACCAUAUUCGGCGUCACGAGAUGUGACCAAUCCUGAGCAGUCGACGAUAUCGGACCCUUCAAGCACCAGAUCCCCCAAUGUUUCUACCAUAACAAGCGACAGAGAGCAAACUGCCAGUUCUGGGAACUCCCUUUGCCCUACUAACUUGACACAAACACCCGCUAACCCCUGUGACUACCUCGCCGAGGAGUAUCCAGCUGAGGGUAAUAGGCCCGCCACUCAAUGGGGACCCAACUGGUACUUUAAUGGAAUACCAAUGUCCUCUGAAGCAGGCCGCCGAUGGAUCUCAACAAGAACCGCCCAGGCAGUCACAUGGGCCGAUUUCAGUAUUCCCAUCAUGGAAUCUUCCAUGCCUUCGGCCCUUCAGCCAUCUUUCUCCCUAGAGCUAUGCGAAUUGCCUGACCAGGUCGCUACCCGAGAAAUUAUAAGGGCGUUCUUCAGAUCUCGAUUCAGACUCUGCUUCCCUGUACUGGACGAAGUCCUGUUUGAGACAACGAUGGAGACCGCCUACGGACCUGCGGAUGGGCCUCUGUCCUCGCCUAUACAAAUCUCAGCCAGGGCAUGUGUUUUGAGCGCUCUAUCCAUUGCGCCUCGCGUAAACACGUCGCGUCAAACAUCCCGCCCCAUAGAUGUAGACUUGUGCACAGCCAAGGCACAUUGUCUUUUAUUACACAUCGCUAAGGAUAUUAGCCUGUCGACUCUCCAGACAGCACUAAUGUUGCAAAUCCAGCGUACAUUCCAUGCCGACUGGCAAGGCGCUGCCUUCUUUCAAUCGAUUGCGUGUCGGAUAGUCUGCGCUCUAAGAGGACACCUCUACCAUCCAUCAAAUUCCUUUGGGCUUGACAGUUCCCGUUUAGAGCGCGAAAAUUACCACACUCGAUUGCUGUUCUGGCUGUGCUACAUGCUCGACAAAGAUAUUUCCCUUUGCACUGGCAAUCCUCCUCUUCUCACCGAUGUCUAUUGUGACCUCGAUCUGCCUGAUAACUAUUUUGACCAUUAUACCUACUUACCAGGCUUGGAUACAUCCUUUGCAGGUGACGAUGGAACCCACAAAUAUCUCACCCCCCAUCUUCCUGGAGACCCUCGCCUUAGCCAUCUGAAGGAGAAAGUCUGUCGACAGCUCUUGUCUGCCCGGGCCUCGAAGGAUAAUGAUAACCAACUCCUUCUGAAUAUCCGGCAACUGGAUGACGAGAUAGAACACUGGCGGCUAUCCAUCCCUGUCAAUUUCCGCCCUGCACUUUCCGUCUCGAACAAUACUUCACCAAACGUAUCCGACGAAGGGAUUCCGUAUAUAAUCCAUCGGAUGUCUCUGCAAUUGGACUACCACUACCUAAUGACCGUCGUUCAUACGACAGUGAGAAAAUGCACUGUUGAGGCCAGUGACGAGAUCCCGGAUCUGCAUAGCGUAGUUCAUUCGAGCUUCGAUCUCUCUUUGAUGGCUAGUCGCUCAACGCUAUGGUGCUUAAGAACUCUCAUCAACGCGGUUGGGAAAGAUGCGUUUCGGUUCGUAACAUUCUAUUCAACGACUGCCGCCCUAUCACUCUUCCUCAAUAUAGUUAUUCAUCCGCUCCCAACACAAUCGCGGCUUGAUCUGGAGCUUCUUAUAUCGGCUGCCAACAUAAUACGAAACAUGCCUGUGCGAGGUUUGACGCAAGGCGAGAUCGCUUGUGUCCAAGAAACUGGCAAUUUCGUGAUGAGGCUGGUGUGGCUUGGGACAUGUGCAGUGACCAAGGCGGAAAAGGAGGAAUGUGAACUUAGCUAG